AGUUAUGUCCUGAAUCCUGAAAACAGCAUCAUUUCCAGACUAACCUCUCCGCGGUACCUCGCGUCUCUUCGCUAACUCCUCGUCGUGGCGCAAGCGUUGCGCCACCCGGCCACGACGCCCGCGCAUGGGUGACGUCCGCCCGCCCCCCACCCCCAUGCUCAACAAACCAAACGCCCUCAAGCUGAACAGCGUAGCGCGCAGCAGUAGCCGCUACUCCGCCCGCGACCCACGCUUAAGAACUUAAACCUUUAUCCACAACAUCUGCAGUAUUAAAGGGUAUUAUUUUCUACAAUGAAGACUGACGAUCCGAUUAUAGUCAAAUCCAGAACCCCACGCGCUAGAGGACACAGUGAUGGAGUCCGCGAGUCACUCCUCUCGGAUUCGACCUCAGGAAUUGACAGAGGCGAUGCGAGCAGCUCAUGUAGCGGAGAUUCAUUUUCUAGCCCUGAUAUCAGCAGCAAAGAUGAGCUGAGAGGCAGAGGAUUUAGUAAAGAUGAGAAGAAUGCGCUUAAUGAUUUGAGAAAUGGAAAGAAGCCGUGUAAUAUUACUGAGAAUCCGCAGGAUAAGUUAAAGAUGAAGGAUGUUGAAAGUGGAUCAGCAAAGAAAGCCAAAAUACCUGAUGGUGGCUGGGGAUGGGUAGUAGUUGCGUCAUCUUUUAUAAUAUCGAUGAUCGCAGAUGGCAUAAGCUUUUCCUUUGGUUUGUUGUACAUUGAGUUCCUUGAAGAGUUUGGAGCUAGUAAGUCGACCACUGCUUGGAUCGGUAGCCUUUUCAUCGCUGUUCCGCUGCUCUCUGGACCUGUGAUGAGUGCUCUGGUUGACAGAUACGGUUGCCGCAGCAUGACAAUUUUAGGGGGAAUCAUUUCGACUCUCGGCUUCGUUCUGGCAUCUAUUUCAACCACGAUUGAAACGAUGAUGAUAACAUUUGGAGUGAUAGCUGGUUUGGGUCUUGGUUUAGUCUACGUCACUGCUGUUGUUUCUAUCGCCUACUGGUUUGAGAAGAAGAGGAAUUUAGCUGUUGGCCUGGGCGCCUGCGGAACCGGUGUAGGGACGUUUGUCUACGCACCGAUGACUCAAUACUUCAUCGAAGAAUUCGGUUGGAGAGGCACCAUUUUAUUACUCUCCGGUACUUUGCUUAAUCUUUGCGUGUGUGGCUGUGUGAUGCGAGAUCCUGAAUGGUGGAUUUUGGAACAAAAGAAAGAAAAGGAAGCGAAGCCAUUGAACGAUGUUGAAAAGGCUAAUCAAGAGUUAGCGCUUAUGCCCACAGCAUCCACCAAAAGGCCAUACAAGAAAUCCGCUUCACUCUGCGUUUCUGAUGACAUGCCGCUAUCGAAUAGGGAAAUGAAUGGAAGGGUCACGAAAUUCAAAGUACCUUUGAUGGAACGAGAAUUCCAUAAUGUACUACAUAAACAUCAAAAACAGAUUUAUAGAAACAACAAGUUAGCAUUGGGAUGGCCUGUCCAGGAGCUACCUAGAACCGAGUCUUUGUACACAAUCCCUUCAUAUUUGGAAUCCACUGAUCGUGCAACACAGAGGGUGCUGAAACAAUUGAUUCAAUCGCCAAUCAUGUUAACGAAGGCAACUGGAAUAGCUUCACCGAUUUUGGGUGAAGACAACGAUCCUCCAUGCGUCACGUUCCCGAAACAGCCCAUGCGUCGUUCUUACUCCGUAGACUUCUAUUUCCGAAAAGAAGUCAGAAGAUCCAUCGACUAUCAGCUGAAGAAUCCUAACGCUGGUAGAGUAUUGAAAAAAUCGAAAUCGGAAACAAAAGAGGAUCGCAAUGUGCUUGUGAAACAGGACAGCAAAGGGGACAGAAGGGAUUGGCUGAAGAAACAGCUGUCAGUCAACCAUCAUUAUCUGAAAGAUUUAAAGAUGCCUUUGAAUUCUAUUGGCCAUAGGAACGCAAUGUUGAACAUAAAUAGAUACAGACUGAAAGCAUCUUCUUGCCCUGAUAUAUUCAAGAAUUCUAUGGUUACCAUCAAUGACGAAGAAGAGAAAUGCUACGAUGACUGCCUGGUCUGCGUCAAAGACAUGUUCAACGUGUCCCUCUUCAAGAAAGCGACCUUCAACCUGCUCUGCGCCGGCACCAUCUUGCUGUUCAUCUGGUUCAUCGUCCCGUACUUCUACCUGGCUGAACACAUGAUCCACAAGGGCUAUAGCGAAGAUGAUGGCGCUGUCAUGCUCAGCUUGAUCGGAAUCACCAAUACCAUCGGAAUGGUGGGCCUAGGCUACAUAGGCGACUUCCCAAGCGUCUCAAUCGGCAACCUCUACGCGGCCUGCCUCGUGCUCUGCGGGGCAUCCGUCGCGGCCAUCCCACCCGCCGCCUCCAACUACUGGCUCCUCGGCUGCGUGGCGGCGGCCUUCGGCUUGCUGUUCGCCGCUUCGUUCACGUUCACACCCAGUCUGCUGGUGACGCUCGUGUCGCUGGAUGAUUUCACGUCGGCGUAUGGACUGGUGCUGCUCGCUCAGGGGAUUGGACAUUUGAUUGGACCGCCUUUGUCAGGUCUAAUCUACGACCUAACUCUGUCCUGGGAGCUCUCAUUCUAUCUGGCCGGAGGCUGGAUCGUGGUGGCCGGCGUGCUCAUUUCCUUCAUCCAUCCAUUCCGUGCGCUGGAGCAGAGGCGACAGGCCAAUCAGGAGAACGAGGCUAUAUAAACAACCAAUCAGCUAUCAUCUCCCUGCAAGGAAAAAACAUGGUAAAAUAAUUGGUAGUAGUGUCGUGAAUAACGCUCAUUUUGAGGCUUAAAGACUCGAACUCUUAGGACUCUCGAGGCUUAACACCGGAAAGCGGCAAAGACGAUUGCUUACAUACCAUACGCGUAAAAUAAAUAAAUACAAUUCUCAAAUAUAGUCGAGACUUCAAAGACUUACGAAUCCCGAGAAUCUCUAAGCCUAAAAAUAAGCGUUAUUCACAACACUGAUUGGUAGCCAUAAGUUUGACCCUCUGAACGGUAAAGACGUCAACUGAAGCUUUGCCUCAAUGCAUUUUCACAUGGUUCACGAUGACGCGCCGCACACGAAGCGUGGCAUUCAAAGGGUUAAGUUAUUUGGACCUUAAAAUACUCGUUUUUACUAGAGCCUGUAACGUGAUGUUUUGGUAAAAGUUAACUCUAUAUCCACUAGAUACCGAGACUUGCGAGACCGGGACAAUAGGGAAUAUUAGGCAAAGCUCUGCGUAGGUAGGUGGCACCAGUCGGUAGUGCUGCACUCUGGCGGCAGAACAUUGCAGUAAUAUCCCCUAUUGAAAAACAUUAUGAUUGAAACUUGUCAAAACUGUCAAAAAAUAUACGAGUAUCAGGAUUAUUUGCCAUUAGAAUUGAGGAGGCCUAACCAAGCGAGUGGCGUUUAUAGAAAACACCAAUGGAAACUUAAAUUGUAUGAAAAUGACGUGACUUUUCGUUGCCACGCGGCACCGCACACGCGGUGGUGCAGAGGAACCAUGAAAAUGUUUUGCCGUGAAAACAUUGAGCUGGAAUUGUGGUCGUCAGCAUGGGGGGAGACGUAGACAUUAGUCAAAAAAGCGUAGAAGAUACGAUAUAAUAAGGGGAAUUGAGGUUAGAUAUGUCCCAUUUUAUUCCAACGGUUUGACGAAAGGUACCGUAAUUUAUCCUUAUAGGAUCUUUAUAAAAUUAUGAAGAUAUACAGGGUGUUUGGUACAUCGUUUGCCAAAUUAAAACGGCAAAUAGGUUGAGUUAUUUGCUAUCUUCUCAUGCCUAGAAAAACAAAGUUGGCCAUGUUUUUUUUACUACCGCAACUAUACGCAAGUAAAAAUUUGAAAUUUACGAAAAACUGGCAUAGAAGUGAAAAAAAAAUUGCGCCAAAUUAAAAAUUUCUAGGCAUGAGAAGAUAGCAAAUGACUCAACCUAUCUACCGUUUUAAUUUGACAAACGAUGUACCAAACACCCUGUAUUAUAUUUCAGUAGAUACCUAAACUAAAUAAAUACAAGGAAUUUAAUUGUAGAUUUUACACGCCAGUAGGUUUUGUCACUAGUGUAAUAUUUUGUAAAGUUUACUCACUACAUACCUACUUUCAUUUGGUUCCAUCUAAUUAGAAAUGGUGGGAUGACUUUGGUUUAAUAUCUUACUUAGUUUACUUAUUGUAUUUUAUAGUGUUGUGUGUUGUUAACCACCAAGUAGGUAUUUUUAAAUUAUUUUUAGUAGAUCUUGUAGAAUUUGUAAAAUAACUUUGUUAAAGAUUAUCCAUGUAUUAGGUUCAGAAAUAUAUUGUAGAUGUAUUUUGUAAAUUUAAUACUAUAUUUUAUAAAUGUAUAUUUCGAUCGUGGAGUGCAAGCCGAGCAUAAUUAAGGAAAAUCAAUUAAAUUGAAUUACCGAAUAAGACAAUAGUUAGAAUUUAAUGUGUAAGUAAAUUAAUAUUAAAUAAGUAGGUAUAAUAUACUUCGAUAGGUUAUUCGAUCAGUUUAAAUAAGUUCUUUCUUCGAACUGUCAAAACGAUUUUGCUACUAUUGAAUUUAUUGCAACACUAUAGUUCGUUUUUUUUAGCAUUAGAAAAAAGGCAAACAAUCUUGAUGUGUCUUUUAAUUGAAAAACACAUUUUAAAAAUAAGUUCCGGCAAAUAUGUAACAAUUAUGAAUCUAAUACGAUCAUUUAUAUUCUUCGCUUUCAUAAGUAAUAGUCUUUGAUUUUUAAAAAGCGUUUUUCAGUAAAAAGAUAUGUCAAGAUCGCUUACCUUCUUGCAAGUUCUUUCUAAUGCUAAAAAAAACGAACUAUAGCAUGUGACGUCGCAAUCAAAUUACCUACCUACUCUUUAUAGUUUUAUACUGGUUUUAAAAUAAAAAUUGUGUCUAAAAAUAAGUCCUGUUUAUAUUCUUCUAUUAUUCUUCUAGUGCUUCAUUUCAUGCAUGGUGUAAAAUAAUUUAUUUUAAAAUCAGUCAAAAAAAGUGUCGUUCUUAAAAACCUUAUUAAAUAUAAUAGCAAGUAAUAAUAAAUUUAAGUAUAAAAAACACAGUCAUAACGAUAACAUGAAGUCUAAUUAAUUGUAAGAAAAGGUGACUUUCCACAUAUACAUAUAGCGUGAGGAAGCGAAGAUAGUUCUAAUAUAGAAUACUUAACUCAGUUGAUUUUUUCUUCCUCAAUUUUUUUUACUGCGGCACAUUGUUGAUAAUUUUAACAAAUGAACGUUUGUGUGUUAAACGUUUGUGUUUGUGUUGUUUGUGCAUAUUUGUGUAUUAAAGUUAAAGGAGAAUAAUAUUUUGAAGAUAAUACGUUUUGCUUUAGUAAAAUGAUGGUAGGUAUUCGCAGUUUAAAUUUUUAAUGACAUUUCGUAAAAGAGGUGUAAGUUUUUUUUUGGUUAAAGUAUUAUUGGGACAUCCUGUACAUGGACUGCCUUUUGGCUUUACCGUCGUAGUUGUUAAAAGACGACUUUGUUGUGGGAUAUUUUAUGUUGAUAUUACUAGUGAAUGUUUGCUACUAUUACUACUAAAAGCUAAUAAAAUUUAUCUUUUCGUUGGUAGGUUAAAUUAGUAAUGAAAAUGAAUAACAUCUGGUAUUCACCUACUUCUAAGUACUUAAUAUAAAUAAGAUUAUUAUAUAAGUGUACUAGCGACUCGCCCCGGCUUCGCAUGGGUUAACAAAAUUAUACACCUAAACCUUCCUCAAGAAUCACUCUAUUGAUAGGUGAAAACCGCAUGAAAAUGUAGUUUUUGAUUUUAUCGCGAACAAACACACAAACAGACGCGACGGGGUCUUUAUUUUAUACUAGUAUGGUGUAGUGAUUAUACCUACAGUAAAUAUAAAAUAAUUGUCACUGUCAAAGGUACUCAGGUAAUAAGAAACUAAGUUUAAUUUAAUAUACUUUUAUUAAAAAAUGAUAUUUUACUAACAUACAACUUAAUACAUAUUUUAUAAAUAACUUGUUACCAAUAAUUUAUUAAAAAAUGUAUUACAACAGGUUAAAAUCAUAGUAAACUUUUAGGUAUGUAAUUUACACUUUUUAUUUUUUACAUAAGUAAUUUAAUUUAAAAUAAGCUACGGCUUGCCCAAUAGAAAUGUUCAAUGACGCCCCGUCACUGUUAGAAAUAAGUGGUGUCCCCAUACAAAAAACUUGUAAUACGCGCUAAACAACCGGCCAACGGUGUAUCGUAACAUUAAAUCUCAAUAACUGCCUAGUUUUCUUUACAAAAAGUAAUGAUAAGUGUUAGACAGCUUCGACUUUCCGAAUUUUUAAUAUAAUUACCAUAAUUAGUCUGUUGGAUUUAGGUUGGAGACUUCUCCUUAAAUAUAAUUAUGUCACGAUCUGAUUUAUUAAAAUGUUAUUUAUUUGUGUUUCAAUAUCUCGCGUAGUCAUCUAAUGGUAACAUUCCAUUUCUAACUGCAGCUGCACUACCGGUACUGAGCGCGUCGCUGUCAUUGUCAAUUUCCAUUGUAAAAUGAACAGCAGUGCAGCUGUCGUUGGAAAUGGACUGUCACCUUAAUAGUUAAUGAUAAUAAUGAUACUUAUUGUGUCACAAAUUAAUUUUAAUAAUUUCGUGAUAUGGCUGUUUAUUACCUUUGGUGAUUUUAUCCCGAAUAGUUAAAUAUUACCUAAAUUUAUGUUAAUUGUCAAAUUAUUAAUAAAUAUUUUUUAUAGAGGUAGGUAAAUAUAUAUAUUGGCUGUGAAGUUUGUUUGCUUAAUAUGUAUUGUAGUAUUUUUUGUUUAUUAAUUAUUAGUAAAUUUAUUAUGUUAAUGUUAAUUAUGUAUUUUAUUAAUCUACUUAUUAGCAGUUCGUACUGUUAAUGAAUGAAUGCGUUAUUUCGUUCUCUAUACAUACUUAAACAAUACAUAGGUAGCCUUUAAAUCGUUAUACACCAUUUAUACAUAUUUUGAAUUAUGUCUAGUGAUUGGAACGACAGAACAUUACAGAUGUAGUGUAUAAUUGUUUUCCAUCGUAUUUUCUCGGAAACGUUCGUAUUUGUCAUGCUACUUCAGUCAACCUCAUUAUUUUUGUACCGAGACUGAGUGAAAUAGCAGGACACGUUCGCACGUUUCCGUGAAAAUACGAUGGAAUAUAAUUCUGCACUACAUCUGUACAUAUUAUGUCAACACACCGUAAAGUGGAACUCUACUUCAAUGAAUCGCGGAGUAACAUUCGUCAUAAAAUUUAAGGAAUAAGUAGGGAGUUGAUUUUUGAACGCAAAUUUUAUGAUGUGGAUGAACCUAUCAGAAAUACACAAUUAAAGCGUUCUGAAAUGAAUUCUUUAUAUUUUAAAAAUCGAUGAUCAAUCAAUGUACGCCAUGAAUAAAAUAAAUAAUCCCAGUUUAUCGGUACUCAAGAUAUAAUAAUAUUGAUUACGUCCAAUUUUUACAUCAAAAUACCUUCAAUUAUUACAAUGUGUAAAUGUAUGAAAUAUGUAUGCAUAUAAUGUACAUUAUAACAUAUGUCCUUAAGUUAAGAACUAUAAAUAUUAAAUUGUAUUGAUAUAAUUUGCACAAUAAAAAUGUUAAUAAAAUAAUAUGUACUGAAUUGCACAAUUAGUACUUAGUCGUAAUCGUAAUAUGACAUCUUGUUUAUAAAAAAACUUUGUAUUUCACUAUAAAUAUAAAAUAUAACUUGAUGUGACCUGUUUAGGUGAAAAUUUGUAAUCAAUUACGUAAAGAACAAUAAAGAAA